GCACUUCUAUUAUCUUCUUUGGCAAAAAAUAAUAAUAAAAUGUCUGCGAAACCAACCUGCUUAAUAGUGGCCAGCGCUUCCCCUCAAGGGGUCUCCGCCAAAUCCUUUCUGCAGUGCUUCAGUCUUUGCAGCACAGCUUUCAAUCUGCAGACCGCCACACCAGGGGGAAAGCCAAUAGACUUUGUGGGAGUUGAUGAAAGCACAGCGAGAUGGGUGCAGGACUUUAAUGUGAAGUCCUACGCAACACCAGCCAAACUCGAAUCCAUAGAUGGUGCCAGAUACCAGGCGUUGCUCAUCCCCGACUGCCCCGGAGCGCCGAACGACCUGGCACACAGCGGCUCCAUGCACCGAAUUCUCACACAGUUCAUCUCCCAGCAGAAGCCCGUGUGUGCUGUUGGACAGGGCGUGUCGGCACUGUGCUGUGCUACCGAGGGGCAGAAGUGGAUCUUCAGUGGUUACAGCUUAACAGGGCCGUCUGUGUUUGAGCUGGUGCGUCAGCCCGACUUUGCCAACCUUCCCCUUAUUGUGGAGGAUUUUGUGAAAGACAGCGGAGGAUCUUAUACAGCGAGUCAAGAAGACGCCGUGCAUGUAGUUGUGGACAGACACGUCAUAACUGGACAGAAUCAGCAGUCGACGUCACUGGCAGUGAAUAAUCUCAUCCUCCUUUGUAAUGCCAAAUAAAAAGUCUCUCUGUCUGGAUCUGUUAGUAACAA